AUGUCUGGCCCCGUCCCAGUCGCAACAUCCCUGGCGGACAUCUACCCCCCAGCGGUCGUCGCAGCAGAGACGCCACGAUGGAACAACCUGCUGGCCACGUUUGCGCGCGAGUUUGGCCACCCGGCGCACUUCAUCUCCCGGUCGCCUGGCCGAGUCAACAUCAUCGGCGAACACAUCGACUACAGCCUCUACUCGGUGCUGCCCAUGGCCAUCACCGCCGACGCCAUCAUCGCCGUGUCGACCACGCCCGUCGCAGCAGGCGCGAAAUCGUUCAAGAUCCAUGUGCGCAACGUCCAGGGCGCCAAGUUUGCCGCGGCCGAAUUCGACAUCCCGAUUGGCGGUGACGUCGAGAUUGAUUCCACAAAGUUUGAGUGGACAAACUACUUCAAGAGCGGCCUUCGCGGCGCGCUCAGCCUGCUUUACGCGAAAAAGGGGGCCGACUUCCGGCCGUGCAACAUGGAGGUGCUGAUGGACGGCAACGUCCCUGUGGGAGGCGGGCUGAGCUCCAGCGCCGCCUUUGUCACCGCCAGCGCGCUGGCCGUCAUGGCGGCCAACGGCGAGAACUCUGUCGACAAGAAGGAGCUGACGGAGCUCGCCAUUGUCAGCGAGCGAGCCGUUGGGGUCAACUCCGGAGGCAUGGACCAGUCUGCCUCAGUCUUCUCAGAGCAAGGAUCCGCCACAUUCGUGUCCUUCACCCCUGCCCUCUCAGCGCGGCCAGUCAAGUUCCCUCCUACAAGGCCCGAGUUAUGUUUUAUUAUCGCACAAUCAUUCAUCACGUCAAAUAAACAUGUCACCGGCCCCAUCCACUACAACCUUCGUGUUGUCGAGGUCAGCUUUGCGGCUGCUUACCUCAACGCCGUGCUCAACCCACCCGGCACCGAGCUCCCGCAGGACGCAGGCCCUCUCGGCAUCAGCCUUCAGGGGUUCCACGAAGCCUUCUUCUACCAUAACGGCGGGUCAGACUACGCCGCCGCCAGGAGCCUUAGUAAGGAGGAGGAGCUACGCAAGCUCAUUGAGAUCACCAAGCAGACGCUGACCCAGGAGGACGGCUACACGCGGGAGGAAAUCGCUGCCGUCCUCCAAAUGUCCGUGCCUGAGCUAGAGAAGCGCUUCACGGCCGUCUUCCCCGUUCGUGCUGACCGUUUCAAACUCAGACAGCGAGCCUUGCAUGUGUUUACCGAGGCUUUACGAGUGCUCGAGUUCCUGACUCUGCUCGAGCGGCCCCUGCAUACGGGGGCAACUGACACGACUCAGUUCAACGAGGCGCUGGGGAAACUCAUGAACGAGACGCAAGACUCGUGUAGAGACCUGUUUGAGUGUAGCUGCCCCGAGCUUGAUGAAAUAUGUCGCAUCUCACGCGCCGCUGGGGCUUACAGCAGCAGGUUAACCGGAGCUGGGUGGGGAGGAUGCAGCGUGCACCUCGUCCCAGCCGAUAAGGCGCAGGCCGUGAAGGCGGCGCUGGAGGAGCAGUACUAUUCUAAGAUGAAGUUGACCGAUGAGCAAAAGGAGCAGGCUGUAGUGGUGAGCCAGCCCGCUCGGGGAAGCGCCAUAUAUAUAGCCAAGGAAGGCCAAGUAAGCUGA